CAGCAAGAUACCAGGUGAAUAGAAGUACCGGAGACUGAGUCUGGCGAACAUAGUGUUGAUCCAGCCUGAAGAAGACUGAAAGAAUAAGCGCGCGCCAUUUCGCGUUAAAAAGUUCCAUACAUUUAUAAGAAAUUGGAUUCAUCCCAGGGUAACUUGAUUCAAAGGGUUUCACUAAGCUGGUCAUGUCGUUAGACGUAGUGGGUGAUUUUGGAUCCUACGUGAGAGAAGAACCGAGCAAAUCCAAGAGAAGGAAGAUUGACAUCUCGGAGUUGAAGAAGACUAGCAAACUAAGCCAGACACCGGGAUACAAUGCAGAAGAUUUCAAACCUGGGUAUAUGAUAAAUGUCAAGGUCGAAAAUUUCACUACGUAUGCAUUUGCCGAAUUCAAGUUGUCGCCCACUUUGAAUAUGAUCAUAGGGCCCAACGGUACUGGUAAAAGUACGUUGGUAGCGGCAAUUUGUUUAGGAUUGGGCGGGAAAAUCGAUCUCAUCAAAAGAAAGACCAUGAAGUCGAUGAUUAAAACUGGGUGUAGCGAAAGCUCUAUUAUGAUAGAAUUGAAGAAUAAAGAUGAUUUACCGAAUAUCAUUAUCCAACGAGAUUUUACAGAAAAGUCAUCCACUUGGUAUAUCGAUGGAUCUUCAAGCGAGGAAAAAUCAGUUAAGAAAUUGGUACAAUCAUUUAACAUCCAGCUCGAUAACUUAUGCCAUUUUCUACCCCAGGAACGAGUUGCAGAGUUUGCCACUUUAUCGCCGGAAAGACUAUUGUUGGAAACCGAAAGAACUUUGGGUGAUGGGGGGUUAUUAAAAGAACAUGAAUCAUUGAUUCUCCUUGAUUCAGAACGAUUAAAAUUGACUUCAGAUAUUCAAAUCAUCGAUGAUCGUCUAUCUAAGUUGAAUGAAGAAAGUGGGAAACUUGAAGAAGAAGUGAAAAAAUAUGAAGAUUACGAAAAAAAGACCUAUGAAAUCCAUAUACAUUCAUUGCUAAUUCCUUACGGCCAAAUACAAGACUUCAAAUCCGAACGGAAAAGAUUAAAAGAACAGAGAGAAGAGGCCAAAAGAAAGUUAGAGCAAUUCCAAAGUAAUACCCGUCCAUUAGAAGAAAAACUACACUCUCUUGAAUCGGAACAUACUCAACUAGAACAAACUAAAUCAACGUUCCUCAACGAAAAUGGUGAUCUCAUUGAGAAAUAUGAGUCAAAAGAUCAGGAUAUCAAGGAUGUCAAGGAGGCUAUUGAUACCUUAAAAAUGAAGAUCGAAAAUUAUAAAAAGAGGAACGAUAAUAUAUUGAGUAGUUUAGAAAAGGAAAACGAAGAAAAAGAUAAAAUCCUCAAAAAUUUAAACGAUAUACCUCUGGUUGAUGAACAUGAACUCCAAGAACUCAAUUCUGCAAGAGAAGAAAAGCAUGCUCAGUUGACCGAUAUACAAACUGACGUUGAGGAAAUCAAAACUAAUCGUGAUAGACAAAUGUCGAUUCUAUCUAGAAUCGAUCGAUCUAUUAAAGAAAAACAAAACCGUUUAAAUUCAAAUGAUAAAAUUGAUCUUUUAAGAAGUCGCCCAAUAGGGUUUCGUCCUGAACAAUUGGAAGCUACCUAUAAAGCCAUAAUGCAUUUAAGACAAGAUGCAAGCCUCAAGAAUUUGUAUGAAGAAUGUCCCAUUGUAUCUUGUGAUGUCGUGGACCCUAAUUAUGCGAAAUAUGUCGAAAGAUGUAUAGAUAGAAACUCCAUGCUUUCUGUUUUCUGCCCGGAUGAGGCUUCCUUCACUACCGUCAGGCGAGUAGUUGGAGCUUUCAGAAUUCCAUUGAGAACUACAUCCGAUAAUCCUAAGCCUCCUCCAGUUCCAAAAGAUCGUUUGAAAGAUUGGGGUUUUGAUUAUUAUGUAUCAGAUUUAUUGAAAGGCCCUCCUACUGUACUAAAUUGUUUAAAUGUUUUAAAUAACUUGAACCAAAUUCCGGUUUCAUUAAAAGCUUUUGAUCCUUUGACGAUCAAAAAGUUGACAACCCCCGAUAAUAAUGGCCGUAUUCCAUUUAUGAGAUUCAUUGCUGGUGACACGAUCUUUUCCGUAAGCAGAUCUAAAUAUGGGUCACGUCAAUAUGUUUACCAAUCUGAAAACGUCAUGAAGGCUCAAUUUUUGGGAGUUUCGGGUUUAAGUUCCCAUAUAAGGGAAGAAAUUUCUUCUGAAAUAACAGAAAUGAAGGAACAGAUGUCACAGGAAAAAGAACAUUAUCAAGAACUUCAAAGUCAGUUUAAGAAUAAAAGAGAUGACUAUGAUAAGUUCAAGAGUGAUCUUAAUACCGUGAACCUUGAAUAUGAAAAGAUAAAGAGAAAUGUAAAAGCUAAGCAAAGGUUAGAACAAUUAUUACAAUCCAAAGAACAAAACAUAAAGAAAUUGACCCAAAGUUCUAAAAAAGACCAAACUGAUAAAAUUAUGCAAGCAGAAAGAAAAUUACUUGAUAAAUUCAAAGCUAAGGCCGAAUAUAUUAAGGAGAAUUCUGAAAUAUCCACAGAAUUAGCAAGGAAUAGUAUCUUAUUGAAGCAGCACGAGUUUCAGAUUUUUCAAAUCAUGAAUCAGCUAGAAAACACCAAAGCUUUGCUUCAAACAUUCGAAUCUCGAAAAGAAGAACUACAAGCAGAGUAUGAUACUGCCACUGCUAAAUACAAAGAUUACAAGAACAAGGAUUUCUAUAACACUGUUAAAGAACAAAGUGCUAACUAUACACCGGAGGAGCGUAGAGAGUUAACAAGCUUAACAGAAGAAUACCUUAGAAAUGAUAGAUUGAGUGAAUAUCAUAUUCGCCAAAAAAUCAUGCUUCUUGAAGAUGAAAGAUCAGUGAUGUCUGCAGCCGACCAUUCUUCAAUUGAACUUUUGAGGAGAAAGAAAGAUGAUAUCGAUAGAGCAGAAAAGGAAUUACCAAGAUUGAGGAAACGUAAGGAUGAUCUCGAUAAACAAAUUGCUAGUAUACAAAGCACCUGGGAAUCGAAAUUGAGUAAAUCAGUAAGCAAAAUCUCAAAAGCAUUCCAAAAAAGAUUUACUACUGUUGCAAGUGAUGGUCAAGUUGAAUUGGUAAAAGAAGAACGAUUCAAAAAUUGGAGAUUACAGAUUUUAGUUAAAUUUAGAGAGAAUACCGAACUAAAAAUUCUAGACCAUCAGUCACAAUCUGGUGGUGAAAGAGCCGUAUCCACCAUUUUUUUCAUCAUGUCACUUCAAGGAUUAACUGAUGCGCCAUUUAGGGUAGUAGAUGAAAUAAAUCAAGGUAUGGAUCCAAAAAAUGAAAAGAUGGCACAUCGAUAUUUAGUGAAUACUGCUUGUCAAACAUCGAAUUCCCAAUAUUUUUUGGUUACACCAAAGCUUUUAACUGGUCUUUACUAUCAUCCAAAAAUGGCAAUUCAUUGCAUCUAUACUGGGACGUAUGUGGAUCCAAUUGAUCGGAGAUCGAAUGAGUCCGAUUAUUUGGAUAUGAAGAGGUGUAAAUUAUUAACUAACGUGGCUUCAUGAUUGUAAUUCUAUAUGUAUAUAUAUGUACACUAAAUACAUCAACUAUUUACAGGAG